UGUCCCGCGGGGCUAUGUCCCUGUCCCAGGGCGGGCGUGUCCCAGUCCCGGGGCGAUGCUCGUCCCGCCCCGCCGCUGCCGGUGUUCCCGCCCGGCUCGGUGGUUUAGUGGGUUGGUGGGUGCAGCCGGCCCGGCCCCCGGGCUCCCGGCGGGGAGGGCCGGGCCAACCCCGCUCUGAUCCCUCCCCCUCCUCCUCCUCCUUCCCCGCCCGCCGCCUUUUCCCCGCUCCGCCGCCGCCGCCCGCCGGGCGCAUCCCAGCGGACUCUGUCGGGACUCGGGGCGGCGGCGUUCGCCGCCGGCCAUGGCCGUGCCCGCCGCGCUGCUCAGCCCGCACCACCUCCUCUCCUUCUGCUUCCCCGCCGCCGCCGGCGGGCUCCUGGGCUAUGCCGACCUGGAGAAGGGCUACGAGGGCGGCGGCGGCGGCGACGCGGGGGACUUUAGAGAAGCCACCCGGGACCUGCUGAGCUUCAUCGACUCGGCUUCCAGCAACAUCAAGCUGGCGCUGGACCGGCCGGUGAAGUCCCGGCGGAAGGUGAACCACAGGAAGUACCUGCAGAAGCAGAUCAAGCGCUGCACCGGCAUCAUCGCCGCCGCCGCCCCGCCGCCCGCCGCCUGCCCGCCCGCCGCCUGCCCCGCCCGGCCCGCGCCGCGCCGGGAGCCCGCUCCGGGCAGCAGCCUGCAGAGCAAGAGCCUGGCCGCCCUCUUCGGCUCCCUGCAGCGGGGCCGGGGCGCGGCGGGCGGCGCCGAGGCACGGGCGGGCGGCGCGGAGCGGGCGGCGGGCGGCCCGCGGAAGGUGCCGCUGCGGGACCGCAACCUGCCGCCCUCCUUCUUCACGGAGCCCGCGCUGCCCGGGCCCGCCGCCCGCGGGCCGCCCGCCAAGGAGCCGGAGAAGGGCGGCGGGGCCGGCGGCGCCGAGGCCACCGAGUUCCUGGAGCUGCUGUGCCCCGAGUACGGCGCGCUGCUGCCCGAGCACGCCGCCCCGAGCGACGCCUUCGGCGGCCGGCUGCCGGCCGAGCUGGGGCUGGAGCACGGGCUGUACGAGCUGCCGCUGCCCGCCGGGCCGCACCCGCUGCUGGGCGGGCUGCUGUACCCCGAGCCGCCCUGGAGCCCGGCCGCGCCCUGCAGCCCUCCCAGGAAGGCGCCGCCCGAGCCGCUGCGCUCCAUCUACCCCGGCGGCGGCGGCGCCGAGCCCGUGCCCGGCAGCGAGGAGCCCGGGGGACACCUGCCCGCGGGGUUCGCCCCCUUCUUCCCCGAGUGCCCGCUGCCCCCGCCGCAGCCGCCCUACGACUACGGCGGCGGGUACCACCGCGGGGCCUACCCCGGCCUCUAGGGCCGCUGGGGCAGCGCGGGGAUCCGCACACUGCGCUGCAUGCGAGAGCCCCGCGGCCGAAACCGCGGCCACGGCCCCCGCAGGACUCACCCUUGUGCACUGCCAGUCUCCUCCUCCUGCGGUUUGGGCGACGCUGCAAAUAAAAUGUGAAACUUUGGGUUUCUUCAGGUCUUUUUGUAGCGGCCGGUGCCCCCCUUUCAUCCUCCUUCCUUAGGGGCCGGGGCUUGGCUGGCUGUAGGCAGACGCGUUGCUGAACCUGUGGGCGACCUGGGGACAGGGGCUGCGCUCCUCAGAGGCCGCGGGGACCGCUCGUCGGUGAUUUCAGUCUAAUUCUAAAGCUCGUGUCAACAGUUGAGGUGCGUUUAACAUUUUUCCCAGGCUCACGUUUGUCACAAGUGCUGGCAGGUGUUCAGCUGAGGACACAAAGGCAAGAAAGCGAAGCAAAAUUAAAAAUGCUGCUACCAAAACUCAGUGUCCUGAAAUUUUAACAGCGUCUUGCAGAGUCUUGCAAAACGGCAAUUUACAGCGAUUCGUAAGUUAAUUGAUGGUGUAAGUUCGGGACAAAAAUGUACUGUAGCCACUGCGGCCAUGUGAUUCCUACAGACUGUUGGAUUUCUUCCAGGAAUGUGUCAAAGCUCAGAAAGCGAUGCGGCUCCGUCUCAUUGUGUACAGGAGAUUAUUUGAUAAUCAUUUAAGUUAUGUAAAAGAGUCUAUGAUAGGUCCUAUAAAAAUAAAGCAACACAAUAGAUCCGA